AGGCUUGUGUAUGUGUAGUAGUAGUUGUUGUCGGGGUGGUUUACUGCUGUUGGUGAUUUGGUGUUAACUGUUAUCCGAAAUUCCGAAUUUCCAACUUUUAAAAUUAUUGUGUUAAUUUGCUCACCGAACUCGCUGUAGAUAAUUUGUUUUCAUUUAAAGAUUUUAUUAUUAAUUUUCAACAUAUUUUGAUUUUUGACAGUAGUUACAAUUUACCAAUGGGCUAUGAUUUCAACUGAUCGUUGGGUUAUAAACUUAUAAUAUAAAGUGCAUAAAGUGUUAAGAAAUUAUGUCGGUCGAUAAAAUGUAGACAAAUAUUAUCAUCGCCGAGUUUUUGAGGUACUAAUUAACAAUUAUAAAUACUUGUGUACUUAUUUGUUCAUAGUAAUGUUUUUCAAUCAUUGUUUCUCGUUGGAAUCAUUAUUCCCGCCUUUCUGUUUAGUACUAUAAUAUGGUCAGACAGCCAUGUAGUGAACGACUUUAUAAUAACAUUAAUUUGCCAUUAAUAUAGGUACACUUGUUUUUCUAAAAUAUUUUACUCGUAAUUGGUAUUGGUGAUUAUAGCACACUAUAAUAUCUUACUACCAACUUUAAAAUUCUUUUACUUAUUGUGGAACAUUAAUUUGUGUUAUAUAAGGAUUUAAUAAUAAAUUUGAACUGUGAUAUAUAAAUAUGAUAUGCAUUUGUAAUAUAAGUGUUUUCUUCUUAUUGCAGAUAACAUAAUGUCCGACUUUAUAAUACAAAAUAAUAUUUCCGUUGAAACUACAAUCAUUGACGAUGACAUUCAAGUAUCGAUAAAUACGCCUGAUCACACGCUAACAGAAAUGAAUCCUGAUCUUAACAAUAUUCAAGUGUCUGAUGAAAUGAGUCCUGAUCCUAACAAUAUUCAAGUGUCUGAUGAAAUGAGUCCUGAUCUAAACGAUAACCCUGUAUCUGAGGAAAUUAACCCAGAUUUUAGUGACAGUUGUAUGUCAACUGAAAUAUCUAGUUCAAAUGGAAUUUUAUCUAAUUGUAAUAAUACUGAAUUACUGACACCAUAUAUAUCAACACUUAAUUUUAAACAAGAACCACUUGAGUCGGAAGUUGAUAUUUUACAUCCGAUAGUAGACAAAUGCCCAAGUCCAAGUAUUAAACAACAUAGAGCUUAUACGAUUGGUGAUAUUGUUUGGGCCAAAAUAGGAAAAUAUCCUUAUUGGCCUAGUAUUGUCUGUAGUGAUCCAAAAUCCAAGAAUUACUUAAAAGGAUCUCGUAAGUUAUUUAUGCUAUAUCAAUUAAAAUAAUCGAUUUUGAAUAUGUUUAUAAUUUCAAUUAGUAAUAAGAAUUUUAAAAUUUGUGUAAUAUUAUUCAUAUAAAUUAAGCUAAUAAGGGAGUAAUUUUCUCUUAUAUAAUUAUUAGUGGGAAUAAUGGAAUUUAAAAAAAAGUUAAAUACAAUUAUUGUGAAAAACCUUAAUCAAAAUAAAUUAUUUAGGUUUUAAUAUUAUAUUGAUAACAAAUUAAAUAACUUGUAAUGAAGACCACCACAUAGUAUAUUAUGCAUAAAUCUAUAAAAUUAAAAAUUUUUAUUUCAUUGUUGAAAAAAAAAACAGGUAGGCUUAUAAUUUUAAAUUGUUUCUUCACAUCCAAAUAUGACCUUUAAUAAUUAUAACAGGAAAGUUGCCCAUUGGAUACCAUUGGAUUUAGUAUACCAACCUGUUUAUGUUUAAUUUUGAUUUAACUUAGGAUAUGGUUUCGUUUCUGUAGUCGACUGCUGCGAUGGUCGCACAUAAUGUUGUCCAUAUAAUCUCAUGGAGCUGGUUUUGUUCAUGAGACGAUUAUACGUGUUGCAUGUUGACUGCAUUGAUUGGUGUUCAGACCAGUGGUCUGCAGCGACUGUCUAAAAUAUUUCUACCUCGUAUGAAAAAUUAGUUCCCCUAGGAUUUUUAACUUUGUGAAAUUAUUGUUGAAUAUGUUUGACUUUUUUAUUUGUGUUGUUAUUAAUGUAAUUAAAUUGUUGAAAGUUUCUUUUUCGUGUCUUAAAUAUAUGGUACACUUUUUUUCGCUUUUGUUUUCAAAUAAUAGUUUAAGAAUUUUUUCAUCUCCUUCUUCAAGAUGUUGGAUGACUGUAGUAGUAAUAUCCUCCAUAGUUGAUAGAUAGUGAUAAAUUAAUUUUGAUUUAACUGCAUGCAGUCAACUGUCAAAACAAAACCACAGUCAUGAAACUUGCAGAGAUAAAAUUGUACCUUUAUUUAAUUGAUAGACAGUUUUGAGUACAUUAAUACCAAUAUGGUUUAAUAAUUGUUCAGUUUUAAUUUUAAUUGGGUUAUUUUAUUUUAAAACAAAAAACAAUUUAGUCUUAUAUUUUGCUAAUGAAUAUUAUAAAUACUAAAAUUAAACAAUAACAUAAAAUCCAUAUCUAAUUAUUUUUUUUUAAGGAUUAUUGAAUAAAGUAUUAUACGUACAAAUUAUUUUAGUAGGAUAUUAGGAUAUUUUUGUUAUUAUAAUGAUAACGGAACAUUAAGAUCCUAAGUGCAUUGACAGUUUUUUUUUUAUUAUUAUUAUUUCAGUAGAAAAAAAUAAAUUUUCAUUGCAUGUUCGAUUUUGUAAUGACAAAGGUAGAAGAAGCUGGUCAAAAACUAUAGAAAAUUAUUCUGGAAAAGACGAUUUAGUUUUAAAAUAUCCACACUGUUUAGUGAGUAUCAAAUUCAAAAUUGUCUAUAAUUUAAAUAAAAAAAAAAAAUUUAUUUUACAUUGCAAAUGUUUCAGUCAUAUUUAAAUAGCAAGAAGCCAUUAUUAAACACAUGGAAUUUGGCUGUUGAAGAAGCUGAUACUCUUUUAAAGCUUGAUAUGUAAAAUUUUCUUUAUAAUACAAAUUAUAUUUAUCAGAUUUAAUUAUAAUAUACAUAUAUUUAUUUUUCAGAGAAGUAAGAAUAAUUGAAUUUUUCAAAACAUUUUCCAGUUUAGAUUGUUCAUCUACAUCCAUUUUAAAUAAUUCUACUGAAAGCAAUUCUACUGUACGUUAAAAUGAUUUAUAUCAUUUGUUUAAAUUAUUUUAAACAGAAUUAAUACUAUUAUUUCUUAUUAUUUUUAGACUACUACAGUACGGACAUAUUCAAGGAAAAGAUCUCUAACAGUUUCAGAACAAGAUAUUAGUUCCAAAAUAAUUAAGACUGAAAACAUAUCUGUGGAUGGGAGUUCAUCAUCACGAUUAAUUGACAUUCCUUUACUGUCAAGAUCGGACGAUGCAGAUAGUACUGUUUCUGAUAUUUCUAUUCGUUUUGUGGAAGAUACAGAUAUAAAAAACAAAAAGUCAACAAAAACUUAUCCACCCAAAAGUUCACUUGUUGAUAAAUAUGAUUUAUCUGAUUCCAUAGAGAAUUUUCCAGACUUUAAUGAUGAAAAUAGUUCGUUAUUAGAUGGUCAUAAUCGACCCAGUUCUUCAACUUCUACGGCUACUAUUAAUUUGCUACCUAUUGAAACAAAAGAAAAAUUAAGGUAUGAUAUUUAUAUAAAUGUGUAGUAAUUAUAUAAUAACUUACCUAAACAAAUAUGUGCUAUUCAAUUUUUUUAUAAUAUUGCAUAUUUAUUUAAUAAAAUCCAUUUUUAAUAUAUAAUACAAUUUAUUGUGCAUGUAUAAGAAUGCUGACUAAAUUAUAACAAUUUAUUUUAUUUUAUUUUUGUUUUAUUCAUUAGUGUGUUAGAAGAUUAUCUUGAAAAAAAUAUUUCGACUCGCAGACUUGCUAAAAAAAUUCCUGAAAGGUAACAUUUACAUAACAUAAAUGUAUAAUUUUAACGUGUGUUGUGUGUAUGUUGAUUUUUAUUACUUAUUAUUAAUUUUUUUUAUAAUUAGAAGUUUCAAGUCAGAAAAAGAAAGUUUUUCAAAUAAUGAUGAUCAAAGCACUAGUUCAACAAUUUACUCGCAAAGGUAUUGUAUGAGUAUUAUUAAUUCAGUAAUAUAAAAUAAACAUUAAUAAACUAUUAAUUUGUAUUCUAGUUCUUCUAAUAAUUCUAAAAGAGCAGUAGCAAAAAGAUCUAAUGGAAAAGUAUCAACUGGAAGGUAGACAUUUAAACUGAAAGCUAUGAUAAUGUUUCAUGUUAAUUUUUGAAUUUUAUUUUUAGAAAAUCAACGACUGUUAAAUGUGAAAGUAGUCCAGAACCUGACACAACAGAAAGUGAAGCAUCUUCUAAAAAUGAUUUAUAUAAUAGUUCAUUUUUCACUGCAUCAAAAAAAAAUAGACAGUUAUUUUUAAAAAUUUUUAAAAGAGCUUGUGUUGUUUGUAAAAAUUUUGAUGACACUAUUAAAUGCACUGGCCCGUGUCAAGGUUAUUUCCAUAAAGAAUGUCUUGAUAAAAGUGAGGAAAGAUAUUUUAAAAGUGAACCAUUAGUAAAACUAAAAAAAACUCCUGGCAAACGGACUAAAAAACAACAUUCAAAAUUUAAAAAGUCUAAGAAUUUAAAUUCUAAUGUUCCAAAUAUUAUUGAAAACAAUUCUGGUGAAUUAGGCAAUAAAGAUAACAAUUUAGUAUCUGUGACAGAAAGUAAUAUAGAAUCCUCCAAUGAAGAUGAUAAAUUACACACUCAACCUGAAUCUAAUGAUUUAUCUUCAAAUAUUAAACUUGUUCCUUCUGAGAAUGAUAAUAUUCAACAAUUUAGUGAGUUAGAAAAUGUAAAUCAAGAUUCAGUUAAAGAAAUAUCUGAUGAAAAAGUUGUUGAUACUCCAGUUGUAUCCACCAAUGAACUAGUAUUAAAAAGUGAACCCAAAUAUAAAUGCAGUUUAUGUGCAGCCAAUAAAACAAAUUGUUUUGUAUGUGGUUUGGAUAUUGAAGAUACCAAACAAAAAGUUGUUUGUAAAUUAAGUAAGUUCAUAUUUUAUUCAAGUUUUAAUUUUAUUUUUAAUUUUUCUAAUAGUUCAUAUUUUAUAUAAUUUUUUUGUUUUUAUUCAUAUUUUUACUUUUAAUUUUAUCAGAUAUAUAUUAAGUGGGUCAAUACUUUAUAGGUUUAUUUUUUUCUAAACUGAUAUUUUCAGAGAAAAAUGUAAUGUCUGGAAUAUGAUGAAAAAAAGUAUUACAAAAAUUCUAUUUUCAGUCAUUAUAUCAGUUAAUUUCAAUAUUAAUCCAUGGUUUUUGAUUUAAAAUAUUGGAUGUUAGGUAUUGGUUUUAUAUUGGUAGCAUACACAAUAUAAUUGAAUAUUAGUAAAAAGUUGUAUCAGUUUAUCAUAAUAUAUAUUUCUAUAUACAUUUGUACAUGAUUAUUAGUUUAAAUAUUUUUUUUUUUAAAAUUAAGUUAUUUAGUUAAACUUUAUAUUAAUUGUAAUGUGAAUAAAUUAAAAUCCUUAAAUAACAUGUUUUUUUGGUUUUUAAAUAUAUCUUAAUUCAUUUUUAGUUUUAAAACUAACUCAAAUGGUGUAAAACAUUAAAAUGACUUAAGUUAUGAAAUUAAAACUAUCUUUAUCAUUAUUUAUAGCUAGUUGUGGAAAAAAUUAUCAUGAAAAAUGCCUAGAAGAUUGGCCUCAAUGUCAGUGGAAUCAAGGUUUACGUAACAAUGUUCAAACUGUUAUUUGUCCACAUCAUGUUUGUCAUUUAUGUAUUUCUGACAAUCCUAAAAGCGCAUGUAAAACACAUUUCCCUGCUGAAAAACUAAUCAGGUGUAUUAAAUGUCCAACAUCAUAUCAUCGAAGUAAUAUAAUAAAAACAAAUUAAUUAUUACUUAUAUUUAUAUUAAUAUUUUGAAUGAUACAGGUGAAUACUGUUUACCAGCUGGAAGUCAAGUUAUAACAAACUUUGAUAUUGUUUGUAGUAGACAUUUUGAACCUGUGAAAACCCAAAACUACCAUUAUAAUGCUACUUGGUGUUUCAUUUGUACAUUAGGUGGGUAUUAAAAUAUAAUAUGGUUAAAUUAUUUUAAUACUUUUAGUUACUAUGAUUCACCAAUAUAUCUUAUUUAGGUGGUGCAUUGGUUUGCUGUGAUUUAUGUCCAUCUUCUUUCCACAUUGAAUGUUUAAACCAAAAUCCAUCAGAAUUUGAAAAUGGUUUUACUUGUGAAGAAUGUCAAACUGGACGAUAUCCUUUGUAUGGUGAAAUUGUUUGGGUUAAAAUAGGAAAUUAUAGGUAUAGUUCAACAAUACAUUUUUAAAAUUUAUUUUAUUUUUUUAUUAAUUUGUACAAAUAUGGGUUUAAUGCUAUUCUAUAAAAUAGUUAACUUAGGGCCAAUAAUAUAUUUUUGAUAUUGGUAUUGUUUUAGAGCUUUUCGAAAGGGUGUUCUGCUCUUACAAUCUUUAACAAUCAAUAGUCAACUAUUAUAUAAAUGUAUUUCUUAGAAAAAGGCAAACAAUAUUUACUUUUCUAGUAUAAAAUCAAAACUAUUAAAUGUUAAAUUUGAAAUUGAUGAAACUGUAUAUCAUACAAAUUUUCAUAAAAUAUAAUUGUAUAUCAAUUCAUAGAUAAUGCAAACCAUGCAAUUUGGUUAUCAUAAUUUUGUAGCUAAUAUUUUUUCUUAAUAAAUAUUACUAUACAAGAAAAAAAUAUUUAAACAUACUUAUUUAUAUACAUUUAAUAUCAAUUAUCUUAGCAUUGAUCAACAGGGCCCAAUUGGCUCCCAAAUAUCAAGCAAAAAAUUUAAAAAAAAGUGCGAGGUCUAAAUUGUAUUUUGUCAUUCCUCAUAAUUUUAGGUUAGUAAUCAGUCGUUUUAAUCUACAUAGAUAAUAUUCCUUUCAUUUUAAUUUUCUGAUAAUUAUUUAUUUUAUUGUCACAAAGUACAUACACACACACACAUACACACACACACACACACACACACACACACACACACACACACAUAUAUAUAAACAUACACAAAUGUACAUAUAACUUAUUUUCUUCAUUUCAAUUAUCCAGAUAUUUGAUUAUCUAGACUAUCGUUGAAAUUAAUUAAUCUGGAAAACUGGCGUUCUACUUUAUAAUAGAUAUUGUUGACUUAUCUCAAAGUAUAUUUUUUAAAUAUUUUAAUUUAAACUUUACAUAAAAAACUUAAAUGAGUCAUAAAAGUAAAAUUAAUAAAUAGUCAAUGUUUUGUUAAAAUGUGAUGAUUAUGUCAUUUUGUAACUUAUAACAUUAAAUAUAGCGUUGAUAAUCUAUUGUAUAUUUCUAUUAUUUCAUAUAUUACUCAAGAUUCAUUUUUUUGUUUCUGAAAUUUAAAUUGAAAAACUAACAUACAAUUGAAUAUUAAGUGUUUUCUCCAUAAUCCAUUUUAUAUUGUACAUUUUCUUUAAUUUUUAUGUAUAUGUGCAUUAUUUCUAAUGCUAUAAAAACAUUUUUAUUAUUUUAUUUAAUUAAAUAUUUGUGUAUAAUUGAUAGUAAGAAAAUGUUUUUUUUUUAAAUUGAGGUUACUAAAAUUAUCACUAUUUUUGUAGGUGGUGGCCGGCACAAAUUAUUUUUCCAGAUCUAGUUCCAGAUACAGUUAAUGCAAUAGCACAUUCUAUUGGAGAGUUUGCAGUACGAUUUUUUGGAACACAUGAUUAUUAUUGGGUGAACCGUGGACGAGUAUUUAAUUUUCAUGAAGGGGUAAUAAUUAUUUUAAUAAUGAAGGAUAGUAUAGUAGUAUGAACUAGUAAAGUAUUUCUUUCCUAGCACUUUUCUCCAUCAAAACUAUAAGUAAUUUAUUAUUCACUAGUGCUAUAGGUAAACUAAAAUAUGAACAGUAUGAUUCUUUUUAAUUAAACACUCAUUAUUUCAAAAAAUUAAGAAACAUUUAAUUUUCAAAUGUUAUAUUACAAUUAUUUUUUUUUUUUUUUUGAGAAACUUUCCAAUUUUGAAAUGGCCACUUAUAUUAAAAUUUAUAUAAAUUAAUGAAGUAUUUGUUUAAAUCAUUUUUGAUUUCUGUCCGAAUUAUUCAAUUAACAUAAAAGACCAUUAAACUAAAAAUACCAAUUAUUAUUUUAUUAACAUAAUAAAAAAUAGAAUACAGUUUAGUUAUUAUAAUUGUUAUUAUAACUACUAUUGUAACUAGUGAAUGAAGAUUUUCAAACAAAUUUGAGUGGUUUUAUUUUUUUUGUCAUUGUAUAUAUUUGAGUCAAAAAAAUUUGUUGAGUUGGAUGGUCCUUCAAAGAAUUGAGAUUAAACUUAAAACCUUCUCCUCACUUUACUCUUUCAUUUAAAAAAUCUGCAAAACGAUUAGAUGACUAGUUUGGAUAUUACCUGUUAUAAUAAAAUACCAUUUCACAUUUGUAUAUAUUUAUUUAUUUAUAUGGCAUAGACCAGAGAUUCUUGCAACUUUUUUUUGCCUACCACUUGCACGUAUUAUGGAUCUGUUUAAUAGUUUUCAUUUAUGACUAAAAAUUGAACUAUUUAUAAUUUGUAUACAUUUAUUUUAAAAAUGAUAAUAACAUAAGACAGUAAAAUAAUAUAAUAUAAUUAACAAAAAUGUAUUAAUUAAUUUUCCAAACUAUUACCACUCGACCUUCUGCAUACCACUAUGUUUAUCACGUACCACAGUUUGAGAAAUGCUGGUAUUGGUAAUGAAAUGAUAGUAGAUAAUUUAAGCAGGUAACAAAUUAUCAUAUAAUAUUUAAAAAAUAAUAAUAAUAUAAAAGCAAUAUAAAUUAACUGUUUGUAGCAAACUAUAUAAACUAAGCAUCAAUAUUGUAUUUAUGUGUAUAGAUUUAGUGUUUAGAACUAGUCGUUACAACAUUUUUCUUUUAAAAUAUGGAUAACAAACAAUGUCAUUUUAUUUGAAUAUAAUUAACAAAAUGCCAGAAUAACUUAAAUAACUAUUUUAAUAAUAAUAUUUAAAAUAAUGUUGUAGUUAUCAAACCUCACUAUUUAAGAAUAAAAUACUUAUAGUUUUUUUAAUGAUUCAUAUUUAUUUAUAGAUAGUCGAAAUGAAAAUGAGAGUUAAAUUGUCUUAAAUUUGUAUUUAUUUCAUCUUUCAGGAUGAUGAGAAUAGUUUAAUAAAACAUAAAAUGAAGACUAUAGAUCAAGUUUUCCAAGAUGCCGUUAUUGAAGCAGCUCAAGCACACAAUAGUUAUGUUUUAAAUAAAGAUAAAAAUGAUGCUGUAAUAGCUAAAAAAUCAUUUAAGGUAUAUUAUUAAAUUUUAUAAUACCAGAUUAGUUGUUUAUCAUUAUUUUUUUUCAUUAAAGAAGCCUCCCAAAUUUAUCCGAAUCAAAUUUAACAAACCUUUUGGCAAUGUAAAAAUUACGGACCUUGGUACUAGUAAUAUGACUCCAUGUGAGUGUGAUCCGUAUCAGCAAAAUCCAUGUGGUCCAGGUUCUGAUUGUAUAAAUAGGUAUUUUAUUACCUUUUUUAAAUUAUUGAAUAUUAUACUCAAUUUUGAAUUUUUUUGUAGAAUGCUUAUGUUUGAAUGUCAUCCACAAUUAUGUCCUGCUGGUAACAGGUGUAAUAAUCAGCGAUUUGAAAAGAGAUUGUAUCCAACGAUGGUUCCAUUUUUAACAAAAGACAAAGGCUGGGGACUUAAAACUUUAGAAAAUAUAAAAGAAGGUUUGAUAUUUGUAUAAUUAACUUUAAAAAUACAUUUGGUAGAUUGUUAUUAUAAUUUUAGGAUCAUUUGUUAUUGAGUAUGUUGGUGAUGUUAUUGAUGAAGAUGAAUUUCAAAAGAGAUGUCUUGAAAUGCAGAGACGGAAUGAACAAAAUUAUUAUUUUUUGACCAUUGAUAAUUCUAGAAUGAUUGAUGCUGGACCUAGAGGAAAUUUAUCAAGGUAAAAAUAAUUUUAAUGAAUUCCGUGGAUAUGACAAUAAUUUGUAUUGAGUACAAAGUAGUUAAAGUGUAUUGAAUUUUGUUUUUAAUAGAUAAUUGAGAAUAAUUGAAAUAUAACUUUAAUAUUUAAUAAUUGAUGUAAUAAUUUUAUAUUAAUUAAUGUUAGGUACAUUUAUCUUUUUAUUUUUUUUUAUUUUUAUUGUGUUUAUUUAUUUAGUCUUAAAGAUUUUUAAAAAUAAGCUGUGUUAAAUGUUGUAAGAAAAAUGAAUUUCAAUACUAAUUUAAAUAGUUAUAUUCACAAUGCAAUUAAACUUUAUGCAUAGUAUGAUAUAUGAUUUUAUUUAUUUAGUUUAGUAUUAGUUCAUUAUGUAAAGAUUUAUUAUGAUUUAACACUAGAAAUGCUGUAUUAAUAUAAUUUAUAUUUAUAAUAGAUUUAUGAAUCAUUCAUGUGAACCAAAUUGUGUAACACAGAAAUGGUCAGUGAAUGGAGAUACUAGGAUUGGACUUUUUGCUUUACAUGAAAUUUCAGCUGGUACAGAACUGGUUUUUGAUUAUCGUUUGCAGAGUUGCUCUGGGGUUCAGAAAAAACCUUGUCAAUGUGGAGCUGCUAGAUGUUCUAGAUUUAUCGGUGUUAAAGUGGUAAAUAUUAUUAUUGUCAAAUUCAGUUAUAUUACAUUUUAGAGUUGACAAAUUAUUAUAUUAAACAAUUGAUUUUUGAUGAUGAACUCUAUAGUAUAUAGUAUAAAUCUAAUACUAAUUACCUGAGUUGAUAUGUUUAAAACAACUAAAUUUAUCAAACUGUAUUUUUAAACCGCGUAAUAAAUAUUGUUUAUACAAAAUUAAUUAUUACUUUUUUGGUUUUUUCAUUAUUCCAUUUAAUACUUUAUAACAAAAAAUUAAAUUAAUUAUUUUUUAUCUGGAUGUAUAUUGUAUAUAUUUAAUGCCCCAGUCGAUUUUAAAAACUUACUUAAAUGUAUUUUUAAAGAAAUUAUUCUAAAUAUAAUUUAUGUCAACUCUGAUAUUAAUUAUGGUUAUAGAUUAAUAGAAAAUAAACACUAAUUAAAGAUGAUUGAUCUUUUUCACUUUCUAGUUGGCUGAUUAUCAAUUAUGUUUUAUUUUGUUUUUUAUUCAAAAUUAAUUUACAUUAUUAGUAUUUAUUAAUUUUUCACUUUCCCAGUCUAAUAAUUAAAAAAUAAUUAUUACAAAAUAAGCUGAUUAUUUAAAACAAAUAUUUUAUAUAAUUUAUAGGAAGAAGAUAAAAAGAAAGUAAUUUCAAUAAAUGAUACUGACAAGUGUAAAUCAUCGACUAAAAACAAACGUAAACCAUUAAAAAUUAAGGUAACCUUCUAUGCAUAUAAUAAUUAUAAUAUAAUUAUUAUAAUAUAAUAUAAUAUAAUUGUUAUUAUACAAUAUGCAGCAAUUCAAUAGCUAUAUUUUUAAUUUUAUUACACAUAAGUAUACAAUGUUGAAUAUAAAAUGCUAGUAUAUGGUAUUCUAAUUAUCAUACAAAGUUUAAAACCAAAUUAAGUACAUUUAUAUGUCAAUAUUAAGUGUAUAUCUAUACAUUUAAUAUUUUCUUAACUCUUAAUAAAUAAUGAUGUUUAUUAUAUUUAUUAUUAAAAUGAUGUUUUUAUUUCUGAAUAAAAUAAUUAUUGUUAGACUAGCAAAUUAUUAGUUUUAUGUUUUUGGUAAUUGAUGCACAUUGUGUACUUAAUUUAAUUAUAUUUUAAUUACAUUAGUAUGAGUAUUAGUAUAUUAGUACAUUACAUAAGUACAUUUUUAUAAAUUUUAUAUAUUUGUGUAAUACCAAUCCUUAAAUUUAUACAAUUCUGGUAUUUUUAUAAUGUUUCAUUAAUUUUAUUAUUUAUUAUUAGGAUAAUAUUUCUGAUUCAGACAAGUCUAAACUAUCUAAAAUGACAAAUAAUAAUCAAAACAUUUCCACCGUUGAAAACAUGAUAAAAGUAAAUCUAUUUUUAUUUGUUUUUAUUACAUUUUUAUUAUAUUUUUAAAUAAAUAUUUUAUAACAGAAUGAUACUUCUAUCGUUGAGAAAGAAGAUUCCAAGAAAUCAAAAACUGGACUAUUUAAUGGUAAUUCAUCAGCCUCCUUAAAAGUAAAUAUAUUAAAUAAUUUUAUUCAAUUAAAUGACAUUGUUAAAAAUGUAUUUAAUUAUUUUUUUUAAAAUUUUAGAAUGAAAUGUUAGAAGCUUCAGAAAAACGCACUGUGAACUCUAGGAAAUGGAAAAAUUCCAGUAGGAACAACACCGAUAUGACCAAAGUAUGUAAACCACAAAACAAUUAAGAAAUCUACAAUGUAGUUAUAAUUUUGUCAUUUUCUUUCCUUUAGUGUCUUAAUUUUUUAAUAUUUAACUAUGGUACUAAUAACUGAUUAAAAUAACUAAUAACUGAAUAACUAAUUUAAAAUGAAAAUGACUGAACAAAUUCACCUAAAUAAUUUAAAAGGUGGUUAUUAGUAAUUAGUUGGUCUGUAAACCAUACCAUAUUUUUUACUUAGAAUAAUAUUUUAAUAAUUUAUUUUCCUAAACAUUGACAAAGUAUUUAGUUAAGAAAAAAAAAACUAAUAACGGUUAUAAAUGAAAUGGUGUCAAUUAAACUGGCUGUAACAAUUUUGAAAAUACAUAUUAUAAUACUUCAAACAUAGUAUCAAUAUAAAAUGCCAUUAAAACAAUUGUUCAAUUAGUCUAUUGAUCUUUAAUUUAAUUUAAAAUUUGAUUGACUUGCUAAACUAAGAAUAAUAAAUAGUAAUAUAUUAUAUAAAUAAUAUAUAUUGGUAACAGAUAAUAAAAAUAUCUAUGUUAGGUAAUUAUCAUACAUAUACAAGUAAUUUAUUAAAAUUUAUAAAUUAUAAGCGUAUAAAUUCAAAGUAAUAUUUAAUAACAAUUGUGCGUAUUUUUAUCUAUGGGUUAUUCAUUGAGUAAUAUGUAAUUACUAAAAGAUGGAUAAAAUUAUAGGAUAUGCAAUAACUCUGAAAGAUAGUGUCCUUAAUUUUACUGUCCUACUCAUUUUUUCAAUUAAUAAAUAAGGAUAAUGUCAACAUAAUAUCAAUUUGAAAAAUAAAAUCAAAGUUUUUUUUUUUUUCAUAUAUAAUCUUUUUAUACAAACCAAAUUUUUCCAUAUACAAUUUUGUUUCCAAUUUUAACUUAUUAGAAUUUUGAUAGUUGAUAAAUUAUUAUUUCUUACUAUUUUGACUCCAAUAUAUUGUCUUGGAAGUUAACUCAAGUAGUUAAUAUGUGAUAUCUCUACUUUAAUAAUAGUGUUUUUAAACUUACUAAUUACAUGUGUUGAGAUAAUACUUUAAUUAAUUAAAAAUUAAAAUGCUUAUAAGACUGCAUUGAGUCAUAUUAUUUUGUACUGAUUACAAUUUAAAUAAUUAUUUUAUAUUUAAAAUCAGUAUCAAAAUUUCAUUAAAAAGCAUUUUUCUUUUUUUUUUUAUGUAUAAAAUGUAAUUAAGUUAUAAUUAUGUAUUUUGUAUGUAAUAGUGUUAUUUACUUAUUUUUUAAAUUGUUAAUAAAUUAUUUACCUAUUCUAAAUUGUGAUUUCAUAGCUAUACAGUAAUUUAUUAAUUACCAUUUUUAGUUUAAUUUAUUUUUUUAACUUUUUAAAAUAAGGACAAAUUAUUCAAUUUUUUAAUUAUUCUAAUUUUACUUGUAACUUAUCAAUUAUAUUAUUUAAUUUUUAUUUUAUAGUUUAAUUGUAUAAAAUAUUGAUAUAAUUACUAUUAAUUUUUUGCAAAUGUAUUUUUUUAUUUUUUUAUCUAUUAAAUAUUUUGUUUAUUGUUUAAGAUUUGUCGGUAAAAUACUUCAGACAAGAAUAUUUUUUUUUUGUAUUUAAUAUAUAAUAAAAUUCUAAUAAGAAUUAGUUUAAUAGUAUUCUUGAAAUGUGAUGCCACCAGAUACUCUUUUCAUGUUUGGUGUUGUUAUUUGUUUAAUAUAAUGUGUUUCUAUUGUCAACAUAAAAGUUCAGCUAUUUUUAUAAAAGUCCUAUUUCUCUAAUAAGGUGAUCUUAAGUUUUUAUUAUUUUCUAUACUACACAAGAAUUGUAUGUAAUGGUAUGGUAAGUUCAUCUGACAUAUGCUAUAUUUUCUUCGUGGGUUUUGUAAACUAAACUGAAGGUAAAAUUUAAAAAGUGGGUUUAAAUUAUUAAUUUUUAUAUAUGUUAUUAAUAUUUAUUUAAAUUAAUAAAUUUGUUCCAAAACAAUUUAAUUGAUAUCAUCAUUAAUAUGUGACAUGCAAUUUUGUAAUAUACAAUUACAAUUACAAUUCUUGGUGUAAUAAAAGUGUCAAAAGUGAAAGUUUCCUAGUGAAAGUAAUACAUGGAUUCAUCACAAGGCUAAACCAACAUACUUGUGUAUGUGUAUAUGCUAGUGUAAAUAGUGUUUAUUUGCACUUUUUGUUUCUUUUUUUCCAUGAUUAUUAUAAAUUAAAUAUACAAUUUUAAUAAAAUAUUUUUCAAAAUAAUAGACAUAACUUACUAUUUUUUAUUUAUUAUUUUUAUAGACUUUGAUUCUUAUAAUUAUUUUUAGUAUGUAUUAUUGCGGCCUUUAUGAUUUAAAUUGUUAUCAUAGAUUUUUACUUUUAAUUUUAUAUUAUGUAACAUUAAUAUUGUAUACAUUUCCAAGGUCUAUAUGUUUCAUAGUUGUAUUAUGUGAUUUAAAUUAUUGAAUAAAUUAACAGUGAUAGUGAGAUUUAAGUUUUUAUAUACUGUGAAGUUUUUCUAUAUUAUUCUAAGGUAAACCCUAUAUGAAAAAUAAUUUUUAAUUUGUAUUACAUUUGAGUCAUAUUUGUUAUUUAAAUGUCAUAUUUAAUAAAUGCAAUUUUAAUCAAAAUAAUUUUCCUCAUUAUUGCUUUUUAAUAGUAUAUUUGGAUAAAACUAAAUCUAUUAGAGGGGGUAGUAAGUUAUAUAAGUUAUAAUAAGUUUAUUAACUAACACUUCAUUAUAUAUUUAUCAUAAAUUGAUCAACUGUUAAAUACAUUUUUCAACAUUUUAAUUUUGAAAAAAAUUAUGAUUUGGAUGGACACAGUUCAGGUUUAUUUAAACACAGCAGUGACAUGCUAGUGCUGUGGCUGUUCUGGGCUUUUCCUAGUGAGGUUAAUAAUAUUUUUAAAGGAUAGAUGAAAUUGUUCACACUCGCUCAACUCGUGACUAUACGAUUUCAAGCAGUGCGAUCAUCAUAUCAUGAUCGUGAGAUUUUUUGGCGGACAAUAUUUUAAUCAUUUCAUAGCUGUGAUUUUUAGUUAAGUUAUAACUUUUCUCAGUUGUAGUUAUAAUGCAGUAUACCUAACACUGACCAGUGUAAACAGAAAUCUUGGCACUAUUACGUCACUGCCAUGUGUAAAUAGAAAUCACGACUGGUGAAAUCCUGGAACGUUAAUGUCACUGCUGUAUAAAUAGACCUUUAAAGUAGUUUUAAGUUAUCUGCUAAUAUACACUAGCGUGCAACUAAAUCGACUCAUUGACAAAAAGGGAUAUUUUUUUAAAAUGGAUUUACCAAUUAUCACAAAAUAAAUUUUUUUUGAAUGCCUAAUGAUUUUACUUUACAAUGAGACCAUUAUCUUAAAAUUGUCUUCGGUAUUUUAAAUUUUUUUUGUGAAAAUUGGUUUAAGUCAUUUUAUAAAAAGAUGCCUUUUGUAGGCGAGUCGAUUUAGUUGCGCAAGAGUGUACGUAUUUAUAUGUUAUGUAUACACAUUUGUUUUAUGUUUACAUAAAUAUAUUUUUCGUGCUUUAUAUAUUAUUACUAGAAUUGUCUUUAGUAUAAUAUUAUUAACACUUUGGGCUUAUAAUAAAAUAUUGCAUACAGCUAAUAAAUUUAAUAAUUUAAUAAUUUCCCUGAAGAAAACAUUAAACAAAGUAUUCUAUUUAUAUGAUAAAUCAUUUUCAUUCUUUAAAGUGUUUUUGAUUAAUAAUUAAAUUGAAAUGGUAAUAAUUUUUUGUGUUCAGUUAAUGUAAAUAUCAUUUUAAUAUUUUUACAUUGUGAAAUACUCGAAUAUGUGUAUAAAAUGUUUCACCUUAAUUUAAUAUAUUAAAUGUAAAAUAUUUGUUCUAAAACAUUAUUUUUAAUAAAUACCAUAAGGUUUUUAAUAUUAGAUCGUUUGAUUAGCAUAAAAUAAAUUCUUUAUUUUGUGUGAUUUGUAACAUGAAAUUAAGAUUUUUAUAAAUAAAUAUGAAUUGUUUAUUAAUCUAAUUAGUGAUUAUAUUAGAAAUAAUAAAAAUAAAUUAGAGUUUAUGAUUGUAUAUAAUUCAAUAGUCAUCUGUAUAAAAAAUAUUUUGUCAAAUAUACAAAUUAAUGUCAACCAGUGUUAUAAAAAGAUAAAAUGGAAUGCUCAUUGUUAUUAUUUUUAAAUGGUAUAUGCAAUUCAUAUCAAAUUAAGGGUAGAAAUUCAGAAAAUAUAUUUUUAGAAAGCAUAUUUUUGUAAUUUAAUUCUUAAGGUUUAUAAUUAUUUUCAUAUUUUUAGGUUAAUAUAUCAGAUACAGAUGACACAAAUAUCGUAAAAAAAAAGUGGCAACGCAAAAUUUUUAAAAAAGUAGGCAAAAUUAGCUAAUUUUAUAUAUUUCUAAUUUAAAUUAUUUACUGUUAUUCCAUUUAAUAAUAGUUUUUAUAGAUAUUUUUUUUUAUCGUGAAAGUUUUAUUUACUUUAGAUUUAAUAUUUAUUGUGUUAAAUAAAUACAUAUGUAUUUAAUUUUUCAGAAAAAUGAAAUUGAAUCCAAUUUAUCACCAUUACUUAAAAAUAUGACCGAGCCAACAGUAGCCACUACAACUACAACAUUGGUUUUGUCUAACAAAAAAGUAAGUUAAUACUUAUUAAUACUCGUAUUUUGAAAUCCCUUGAACAUAUUUACUAAUCCAUUUUGAUUAUAAUCAGAGUCAUGUUGGCCUAGAAAAUAUUGAAGAUAUGAAAACAAUGAGUAAUUCUUCUGAAGAUCUUUCAAAGACUGAACAAAUUCAUAAAGUAUUUAAAAAUGUAAGCGAAGUAAUAACUUUUUCAAUAUUUUAAUUUUAAUUUUUUUUUGCCGGGUUGUAUGAAAAUGUACAGAACCAAUAACUAGCUAUCUGUUCUGUUAAGUAAAUGUUAUCAAACACUGAUUUAUUGAAUCGAUUAGUUGGUUAACAGAUUUCAGUUAAUUAAAAUUUGAAAAUAUUGAGUGGUAUGGAGACUAUUAUAAUUAAACUUUUAAAAUUAUAAAAAACUAUUACUCUUAGUCAAACUUAAAAUACAAAUAUAUUGACUUAAAAUUGAAUUUUCAGUUUUUUUGAUAUAUAUAUAUAUAUAUAUUCAACUGUUAUAACACUUUUAUAUUUGGUACAAACAAAAUUAUUUACUAAUAUCCAUGGAUAAGGUAUUCUUAUUCAAAUAAUGAAAUACAUUCAUGAAACACAAUUUGUUCAAUAACUGUAAUUUUACUGAAUGGAUAGAUUAUCAUAGCAACAGUUUACAGAGAUGUUAUUUAUGCAACCCAGCAUAUGUGUAACAAUUCCCAAUCAUUAUAAUAUUAUGUACCAUUAUCAUGUUCUUCAAUAAUUUUGAUUAUGUAUUGAUAUUAUAUUAAUAUGAUAAGUACAAGGAGUGCUUGUAUGUUCACCUGUUUAAUUUUUAUUGAAUAGGCCAGUGUGAUCAAACCAGACGACUCUAUAGGUACUCAAGAAAGAUCUAGACAUAGUUUAACAAGAUUAGCAAAAAGCAGACAUUCAUUUUUAUCUAAAGUGAGUAAAAAUCAAUUUUUUUUUUUAUAUAUAAAAUAUAUAAAAAAUAUAAAAUUCUAUUAGUUUGCUUGUUCUCAAAAGCUACUCUAUCAAUUUUGUUAAAAAUUCCAAACCAGUUUUUAUUAGUUUCAGAAGCGUUUAGAGAGUAGUUCAAAUAGAAAAUUUAACUUUUAAAGAGUGAUUAAGAAUUAAAGAAAAAGAAAUUCGUCCUUAAAAUAAGAAAAUUUCCUUUUUUUUUUUUUGUUUUUUUUUUUCUUCAUUUUUGGUAAUCAUGUUCCACAGAAAAUAAAAGUGUUUUUAAUUUUAUUACAACCAAUUGUUUCCAUGGGGGAGUCGGGGAGAUAUAUUUUUAUUUUAUUUUCGUUCAAUAUGAUGAACGCCACACGACACGGGCGAAUCAGUGUAAUACAGCUAGUUAUCUACAAUUAAUGAUUAGUGAUAACACUGAUAACAAAGAAGCUGAUUUAUUUGCAUAUUUUUUACUGAUUGUAUUGUAUUGAUAAGUACUUAAAUAUAAAAGUUAUAUAUCAAUUUUAAAUCAAAAUUGAAAAUAUUUAGUGUUUUUUGAGUUUUGGGGUGUAUUUGGACAUUCUAUGACAGAAAAAUGUAUUUCUCCUACACUUUCAAAAAUAUUUUGUUAUAGGUAAUAUUAAACAUAUUAACUUUUAUAUUAUAUUUUUAUUUUUAUUUCAUAUCUAGUUAUUUAAUGGUCGUUGUUACAAUAUCUCACUAAAUUUUAACUUUUAGUUAAACUAGCAUAUAGUUUUUCGUAACAGUGACUUUAGCGGCAAGUUUAUAAUUAAUUAUUAUUACAAUGUACUGCUAACACUAAGCAUCAUUAAUUAACAAAAAACAGUAUAAACAUUUUCUUUGGUUAAUAAUAAAAUUAGCUGUUUUAAAUUAAACUGAUAAUGUGUUCAAAUUUAUUAUUCAUUAAAUUCCAUAUUCAUAUUUUUGUAUGGGGUUCUAUGUUGCUAUUGCGUAAUAAGAUAGUGGAACAAAAACCUACCGCUAAUAGUAAUAUGUUAGAUUUAAGGUCGUUCUUACAAUGUCCCAUUAGCAUUAACUAGUAAUUAGAUUUGCUGCAAACUGUCAAAAUGUUGUCUGUUGACUUACUGUUUAGCGCUAACCAACACAGUUUACAGAUAAUUGUACAAACAAUGCUUAGUAAAUUAAGACUUAUAGGUAAUUUUAAAAUUUUGUCACUAAAUGUGUUUGUAAGUAUAGUAAAAGAUUUAGAAAAUAUUGUAAUGACGACCCUAAAUUUAUUAAUUAAUAUUUGUACUUGUAUAUUGUAAAUUAAAUAAUUUGAUUUUUAUGAUGAAUUUAAUUCAUAUUUUUAAAAUUUAGGUUAGUUGCACAUAUUCUCUAUAGUAUAUGUUUUUUUAUAGUUUUUUAAAAACCAAUGAACAUACUUUGUACUAUGAAUAUGUUGUAGACGAGAAGUUGAGAAAGUGGAGGAGAAAUUCAAUAUAUAUCUGUACACAAAGAUUAAUCAUUACUAACGAAAAAAGAUUCUUUACAGAAUUCGGUUAAACAUAUUUUGAAAGGCCUUAAUAUUUACUAUUUGAAAAUAAUAAAUUUUGUAGAUUUUCCCAGUUUUUCUCAUUUAUUGAAAAAAGCCCUUGAAAAAAUAAAAAAAUAACUUUCUUAAAGUACUACCCCAGUCAGAUUUUCUUUCAGAAAAAGUACUACAUUUGAAAAUCUGAGUACAAUUUCCAAUAGAAAAGUUAUUCAUAGAAAAAAAUAUAAUAAAAACAUAAUCGUGAAACCAAUACAUUCAUUGCUCCACUCAGAAUAUGAAAUGAUUUACCAAAAAAUGAAAAAUAUCAUUAAAAUUUAACAUUUUUAAUACUGGUAUAUGAAAUAGACAAAAAUAAUUUGACCAUUCUGUACAUUUUCAGAAAAAGUAUUUAAUAAUUUUAUGUAUAUAUAUAUAUAUAAUUAAUGCCUAAUAAUAAUUAUGAUUUAUUUUUGUUUAAAAUCAUAGAUAACUAAUUAAUAAGAUGCGUAAAAAUAACCAAUUUUGUUUUAGAAGGAUAUUGAAAAACAGACAACUGAGCAAACUGUUGUACAAAAAAAAAAAUGUGAUUCAAAAGAAAAAACGAAUAUUGCUAAAAUAACAACUAAAUGUCAAGAAAUUCCAUUAGAUAAAACUUUUCUAUUGAAGAAAAAUAGAAUGAACAAAUGCCGCUUAAUGUCCAAAAAAUAUUACAAAAAUGAUACAUGUAUGAUUUGUGGCCAUGGAAAUGCUGAAUUAAAAUGUAAAAAUAAAAAGUGUCCCAGAGUUUUUCAUCUUAGUUGUACAAACAGAACUAGGAUUGUCAAAUGUGAGUUUAAUUGUUAAAUCUAUUAAUUUUAAUCAUAAAAUUUAAUAUUAUAGUCGUACAUUUUUUUUUUUUUUUAGCUGGAUUUAUUUGCCCUUCUCAUUUUUGUUCUGAGUGCAACAAACGAAAGGUAGUAGCUAAAUGUAAAUUUUGUGUGGAAUCAUUUUGCUCUGUACAUGUUAAGGGGAACAUAUUUAAUGAUCCACUUGGUAAUGGAAUGUUAUGUGCUACUCAUCAUCCUAAUAAAGUAAGUUAAUGAAAAAUUAUAUUAUUUUUAAAUUUCCAAAACUAAUUAUAAACAUUUUAUUUAACUUGACAUUUUUUAAAAAUUAUACUUUUAUUUAUUUUGUUUAGAAAUCAUUGUCAAUCAAAAAUACUUUUGAAACUCCUGACUUAAGUGUUACUCGUAAAGUAAUUAUUUCCCCCAAAAAUGAUGAAGAAACAAAUAAUUGUCCUGGACCAAGUAAUGGUAUUUUUAUGCCGGAAGUUUUACCAGACACUGAAGAAGAUCAGUUAAAUAUUAAUACAGAUGAAAUAGAAGAAGAGAAGUAUACAUUUACACAGGUGAUUAAAAACGAGUGUGAUCGUCAGUACAUACAUAUUGGUGGGUUCGAUGUAAACAAUAUGUCUGACUUGGUCACUGACCAAAGAGUGAGCUAUGUAGCUCCCAUUAAUACAGACGGUGAUAUUUUUAAGCCUUCAUCAGCCGAGGUUGUUAUUGACAUAGAGUCAGCAUCUGCAUUUUAUCAGCCUACUGAUAGUUUGCAACUAGUAUCAAUUGACACUGAAAAUAAAGAUAACCAUGAUUAUGCCAAUGUACAUUUUAUAACUGAUACCAAUCAGACUAAAAACAAAUGGUUAAUGGCUGAACCAUAAAUUAUGCGAACACUUUAUUAAAAGUGUAUUAUUGGCUACUUGAUUUUUUUUUUCUGUUGGUCCUUUUUGAUAAUUGGUAGCCAAUUUUAUUGAUUUGAUUUUGUUGGAUUGUUAAUUCCAAUUUAGUUACCUAAUUUAAUAAUUUCAAUUGUUUUGUUUUUAUUUAUUUUUUUGCUAAUAAUUUGUGGUCAGUUGUUUGUUAAAUGUUUUUAUUUUUUUGUUAAACUUGCAAAUAAAUCAAAAACUUACCAUAUUGACCCCGUAUUAUAAUUAAAGUAAUAUUAUUAUAAUAUUUACUGAGAGUUUUUUUUAAAGUUUGAAAUAUUUAAAUAUAACACAUUUAGUACAUAAUCUACAUUUAAUAAUAUAUUUUGUUUGAUUGGGUAUUACAUAUAAGUUUAAUUGUUGUACUUUUAUUAAAUACUGUUACUGUAUGUGAAGUUAAUAUUGUAAACAUAUAAUAUUAUAAUGAUAUUUUUGACUUUCUUUUAUAUAUAUAUAUAAAUAUAUAUAUGCAAAAUGUAUUAUAUUUCUAUUUUUAAAUUUAAAAUUACUAUUAAGCACUUUAUUUUGUAAAUUGUAUUUUUCAAUAAUUAGUGGAAACAAACAAUUAACUAUUAAUAUUCAUUAUAUUAACUAUUAUAAGCUGCUUUGCUUUUAUAGAAGUGUCAUAAAUUAAUUGUUGUAUCCUAUGUAAAAAAAUGUUUGUCUAAUAAUUUUUGUAUUUCAAAAAAAUAAUUCAACAUAAGCAUGUCAAUUUAUAUUAACACAGACAGAAACAAUAAACAUGACUUGUUUCCAUACAUACAUUUUAGAAUUUAUUAUUUUUCAAUGCAAACAGGUUUAUAAUUUUUCGCUAUGUCAACGCAUUAUUAAUUAUUUGCAGAUAUAAAUACAGUAAUAAUGACACCGGAAUAUAACUAAAUCUAACCAAUACUUUCAUUAAGAAGACAACAUUUAUGUAAAUAAGCUUCAUUUCUUUUCAAAUGAAUUUUGAAAAUUACAAUUUUCAGGCAUAAAUAGUUAAUUUAUUAACUCGAAUAAUACGUUUGUGAAACUCGACGCGGUAUUUUAUAUCCGUUCCAAGAAGCAAUGCACACUGGAAUAUGUCAGAAAUAAGUUUUUCGUUACAUAAAUGUGUUCAGGCCACUAGAAAAUGUUUUUUUAAAUGUAGGUACAUUUUUUUAAUCCGAUUUUUUUUCUUUGCAAUUUAAAAAAAUCAAAAUAUAUAUAUUUACGUACCGAAUGCUUUUGUUCUUUCUCAACGAUGCCUAUUGGCUAUAAUUGGGAGAUGCCGAUAAAUUGUAACUAUCUGCAUGGUAAAAUUUUAGUUUUGUACUGAAAAAAAAAAAAUGCUACUAGCUGCGAUCUUCAAUAUUUUUUGCAAAGGCUGAGAGACUACACUAGAAAUAUUAUUUAGGUACCUAGAAAACAGACAAUUUUUUUUUUCGAAAGCUUCAAGGAGGACGUUACCCAUGUACCCACUUCGCUACACAUUGAUGAUUUUGUCUGUAUACACGUACAUUGUAAAAAAAAAAAAAGGUGACCGCACUCGUUCGCUGCAGUAUAAUAAUAUACUACCUGUAUGAACAGCGAUGGAAAAAAAAUAAUACGCAGGCACGCUAUUAUCGUUUUUUACGUCAACCGUUUUUUUUGACAAACGAAAAAUCGGUGAGAAAAAAAAAAAUGUUUUCCAGCGAACCGAGGAUAGGAGGUUUCAGCGCCGAUCGCCUGCUGCACGUUUGUCCGUCAAGUUCGUGAUUUAAAUCGAAUCGUCGCGCGUGUGGGUUAACCGGUGACUCCCCAUUGCCAUUCACCGCGAUAAUCAUUGCCGUCACGAAUUUCGUGUCUGCUACAACAGGUACAGGUUAGCGCAAUAUUGGAAUAUUAUCCGACGAAAUUAUUUUUACGCUGCUGAGUCGACGAGUUUUUGUUUGUCUACGAAGGAAAUCGUCGCAAAGCGACCGUAAAUAUUACCAAAAAAAUAUCGUACACGUCGGUGACAAAUAUUAUUACGCGGGUACGAGUAAUAUUGCGCGUCGUGUUAUUAUGGGCCAGUGGUAC